UGCCGCGACCCUUUUAUAUCAUGGCAUGACUCUCGGAGGGAAAACGAUACGGCUUUUAGAAUCAAAAAGUGCAGAAGUGCCUUUAAGUGGAGCGCAGAGUUUACGCGCCGAUCCUUCAGUGGCGAGAGAUCAGCGCACGUUUGCGCGCUCGACUCCGCGCUGGCAUUGCUGCCAGCCUCAGUCACUCCUAAACGCCGCCUUUCGUGGGAGGCAACAUUGGACACCGGCUGAACUUAAGUACUUCGCUGUUGUCUCACAUCAUUCGUUUCGCUGAAUUAAUCCUAAUGCGUUUUCCAGGUGUUUUCUUACGCGCGCCAAUAAUAACUGUGUGACACAAGGACAUCCCGUUAUCGCGACGUUAACAGGUAGCCAAGGGAACUGACAGCAUUGAAUGAUUUGUUAUCGAUAACCAGGGAAGCCAGAAUACUCUUAAAAGUCAUCGAUCUGGAAGGAGGAUAUCUUUCUCACGGAUUUGAUGGAUGUUUGAUCGGUUGGUGAUGCCCAUUUAUAUCAUCGAUCGCAAAUUUCCAGAGACACCUGGUGAGUUUCUACAGGCUGCCCCAGAGGGACAGCAGACCAUGGCUGACAACAACACUCAGAAAAAAAAGCCCAGCUGGACCUCACUGGAGAUCGGUCUUCUGACAAUUGUUUCUCUGCUGUUUGUCAUUAUCGUGGCUCUCAUCACCCUCUUCAUCACACAGGGUGGCAAAGAUGGAGUCUGCAUAACAGCUGACUGUACACGUUCAGCAUCCCGCCUCAUUGAGAACAUGGACCCCACAGUAAACCCCUGUGACAACUUCUACCAGUAUGCCUGCGGUGGCUGGCUGAAGAAGAACAUCAUACCUGAGACCAGUUCACGUUACAGUACCUUUGACAUUCUCAGAGAUGAACUGGAGGUGGUACUCAAAGGAGUGCUGGAGAGAGAAGAGAGUGGAAGCAGUAGCUCACAGACCAAAGCCAAAGUCCUCUACAGGUCCUGCACUAAUGAGAGCCUCAUUGAACAGAGAGGUGGGAUGCCUCUGCUUACAGUGCUGCCAGAUGUCUUUGAGUGGCCUAUAGCAACAGAUGAUUGGGACACCAACUAUGGAAUGAAUUGGCGAGCGGAAGAUGCCAUAGCCAAACUGAAUGAGAAAUAUGGAAAGCAAGUCCUAAUUAGCUUUUUUAUUGGUACAGAUGACAGAGACUCCAAUGCACACAUCAUUCAUUUUGAUCAGCCAAGUCUUGGUCUCUCCUCAAGAGACUACUAUGUGUGCACCGGACCAUAUGAGGAGGCCUGUGUUACAUAUGAGAACUUCAUGACUGACUUGGCAAAGCUUAUCCGAACAGACCGGGGGCUGGAGGUCAAUGACACCAAUAUCAGGCAAGAGGUUGCCCGGGUGAUGAUGAUGGAAAAGGAAAUUGCAAAUGCAACAGACACAACAGAGGACAGAAACAACCCAGUUCUGCUUUACAACAAGACGCCUCUGGAGAUCCUGAAUAACAACUUCACUUUGGAGUUUGAUUCCAAGGUGUUCAACUGGACGCUCUUCACUAAUAAGAUCAUGGACACAGUUGGCAUUCCCAUUACAGACAGUGAGGAGGUCAUUGUGUAUGCACCAAACUAUUUUAAGAGGCUGAACCCUGUCCUUGCCAAGUACACAAAGAGGGAUGUUCAGAACUACAUGGUGUGGCGUUUCGUUAUGAAUCUGGUAGUUGGUUUGAGCAGGACAUACAGGGAGACAAGAAAGGCAUUCAGAAAGGCUAUCUAUGGGACCACCUCUGAACCAGCAGUUUGGAGACAGUGUGCCAUCUAUGUGAACAACAAUAUGGAGAACGCUGUGGGGAGACUGUACGUGGAGGAAGCCUUUGCAGGAGAUAGCAAAUACAUGAUGGAUGAGAUGAUCACUAACAUCAGAGAGGUAUUUGUGAGUAAUCUUGAUGAUUUAGCUUGGAUGGAUGCUGAAACUAAGAAAGCUGCAGAAGAGAAGGCACGAGCAAUCAGAGAAAGAAUUGGUUUCUCAGAAAACAUCAUGAACAACACAUACCUGGACCAGGAAUACCAAGAUUUAAGCUACAAUGCAGAAGAAUACUUUGAGAACAUUCUAAAGAACUUGGAGUUUGGUCAAAAGAAACGCCUAAAGAAACUGCGAAUCAAAGUGAACAAAGAAGAGUGGAUCACAGGAGCUGCUGUUGUCAAUGCAUUCUACUCAUCUAGCAGAAACCAAAUAGUAUUUCCUGCAGGUAUUCUUCAGCCUCCAUUCUUUGGUAAAGGUCAGCCCUGGUCUCUGAACUAUGGUGGCAUUGGGAUGGUCAUUGGGCAUGAGAUCACUCAUGGUUUUGAUGACAAUGGACGUAAUUUUGAUAAAGACGGUGACCUAAAAGACUGGUGGACUUCGUCUUCGACUCAGAAAUUUCAUGAGCUUUCCAAAUGCAUUGUGGACCAAUAUGGAAGCUACUCUUGGGAUUUGGCGAAUGGACAAAAUUUAAAUGGGAAUAAUACCCUUGGGGAGAACAUUGCUGACAACGGGGGCAUUCGUCAGUCGUAUCAAGCCUAUCAGAACUAUGUGAAAAAACAUGGAAAAGAAGCUCCUCUGCCUGGAAUUGACCUCAAUCACGAACAACUCUUUUUCCUGAACUUUGCACAGGUUUGGUGUGGAACACAUAGAAAAGAACAUGCUGUCAACUCCAUCAAAACUGAUGUCCACAGUCCAGGGAAGUUUAGAGUCCUUGGGUCAUUGCAGAACUUCCCAGAGUUUGCCAAAGCUUUCCAAUGCCAGAAAAACACCAACAUGGUGCCUGAGAAGAUUUGCAGAGUGUGGUGAUUACUUGAGGAACAGAAGAUAUAUUGAGGGCCUGUGGUCCAUAUACCCUCUCACCUCUCUGCUGACUCUUAUGGCAGAUGCUGAUAAAUGUUCUUGUCGUGUAAGCUGUGGCCACUACUCCACCAGUGCACUUGAGCCAUAUAUAGGAGAGA